ACCGGUCAUCUACGACUAAAGAUGAAGAUUCCUGCGGGACCCUUAAAAGCAGCUGUAUUUAGCUUUAUUAUUUAGGAAAAAGGGACAAUUCAUAUUUUCAGACCAUCUCGUAGCCAAAUGUUUAAUGUAAUGUCGAGCUCAGAGGGGGAUGUUGCUGAAAGUUAGCCAGCUCUGCUAGGCGCCAGAUUAGAUAGUAUGUACGUGGACAUGUAUUUGUGAACUCCUAUCCUAAAGUAGGAAAAUAACUGAUAUUGUGAGAAGUCUUAUGGAUUUUCUACACGCCAAGGAGUUCCCUGAACGGAGAAAAGCACACCAUUUGUUUAGAAAAUGUCAAGACGCAGUACUCGCAACACAUUACAAGAAAGAAAUGAAAACGCACCAGAACAGAACAAACCGCAGAGGAAAAGAAAAGGCGAGCAGUGCAAUAGAAGAAUCCCGUCAGCAGCUAAGAAACAAAACUAUGAAAUUCAGAACCGUUGUUUUGAAGGGGAUAUUAGUCCCAGUGUCUUAAUCGAGACCCCUCAGAAGGAGGCUCAUCAGGAGACCGGUAAUCUUUCUGGUUUUAAGCGCUUCAGAUUCAAGAACCUCUUUGUGAAGCCCUCUCCACUGCCAUGCCUCAGUUGGGCCAGUUCAGAUGACGUGUGGAUAAAGAUGCUGAACAAGGAGCUGAAGUAUGUACAUGACAAGGGCUUCAUCCAGCAACAUCCAGCAUUGCAGCCCAAAAUGAGGUCUAUUCUGCUGGACUGGCUCAUGGAGGUCAGCGAAGUUUAUACACUCCACAGAGAGACGUUUUACUUGGCUCAGGACAUCUUUGAUCGCUUCAUGCUCACUCAGAAAGACACUGGCAAAGAUCAACUGCAGCUCAUCGGCAUAACCUCACUCUUCAUAGCCUCAAAGAUAGAGGAGAUUUAUCCGCCAAAGCUCCAGGAGUUUGCUUAUGUGACGGAUGGGGCCUGUAAUGAGGAGGAGAUUCUUGCUAAAGAGCUUGUCAUGUUGAAGGCGUUAAACUGGGACCUCUGUCCCGAGACCGUCAUCUCAUGGUUGAAGCUCUACUCUCAAGUGGACUCUUUGAAGGAUGACGCCAGUUUCCUCAUUCCUCAGUUCUCACAGGAAACCUACAUCCAAAUCACACAGUUGUUGGAUCUUUGCAUUUUGGACAUUAAUUCUCUGGAUUACCAGUAUGGAGUCCUCGCUGCUGCUGCAUUUUGUCACUUUACCUCUUUUGAAACGGUCCAUAAAGUAUCAGGGCUCACAUGGGACAGCAUAUCGAGCUGUGUGCGGUGGAUGAACCCAUUUGUGAGGACGGUACGCGAAUGGACCAGACCACAGCUAAAGGACUUCAAAAAGGUGGCGUCAGAAGAUCGACACAACAUACAGACCCACGUGGACUACCUGGCCAUGCUGAGUGAAGCACAUGAUCGGCAGCAGGACAGCUUGGACCGGAUGUCUCCGUUGGCUGUAGCGGGAAUACUGACCCCUCCUAAAAGCACUGAGAAACCUGCUAAUGUCUGACCGGUUUGAGGAGAACGUGGUGUAGCUAGUCUUCAUGCAUUUGCCAUCACAGCCCAGAGAUGUGAGACCUUCCAGACCACCACAUCCAGAGACAUAUAGUUGUGUGUGUGGUACUUUUUGGAUGGUCUAUAGGAAACAAAUCCAGGCUGAGAUGCCAUAGCUCACAAAACUUCAGAUGUUGUUGGGUGAAAUUGAGGGAGAACCUAAAUUUGGUUUCCCAGAGCAGUAUUUGAAGCACUCAAAAGUGCCUUCCAUCGAAGAAUGGAUUAAAAUCCAUUUUCUGAAGCUAGAAAUGAAACGUGAAUUAUCUCAGACUUGCUCAAACCUGCUAAUGAACUUCUGGCCACACUUCCAGUUCAGAGGUCUGCACAAAUGCUGCUGCUUCGUGGAUCUUAAGUUACAUUUUAUGUUGUGUAAAUACAAUUUAAUUUUAUUGUGUGUGUGUGUGUGUGUGUGUGUGUGUGUGUGUGUGUGUGUGUGUGCGCUUGUUAUGAAAUGCUCUGAGUUUUGUUGUUAAUGUGGUCCAAUGCCAACCCAGUGGUGCUAAUCUGCUUGUUAAACCGGACAACCCUGUGACGAGCAGAAUCUGUUAUUGGUUUAUUUUCUUAAAUCUUGACAUCUUUGUGAACGUCAUUCCCAUGCUUUUAUUCUCCUGCUAUGGAAGAUAUUCCUGUAAGACUUGACUGUUUUCACCCCUCAGAAGUGAGUUUAACCAAACUGAGUUUAAGCAGACUGUGUAUUUAUUUCAUACAUAGGUAGAUUUGUAUUAUUUGAAUUGCAAUUUUUUUUUUUUUUUUCCUCCAUGCCAAAGGCAUAUUUAAUAAUUUGAGGUGCUUGCUAUUUAUGAAUUAAACGCCUUUUGUUUGUAGCAUAGCUUGAUUUAAAUUUGACCUGGGCUUGAGCCAGUGAUGUUAGCUACAUUUGUUGGAAUACAAACUGUAAAAAGUACUAUGAAUUGUACAUAAGAUGUAUAUGUGUACAAAUAACAAUGACAAGAUUCUGUAAUUUACAAUGUGAAGUUAUUAAAAAAUGAAAGAAAA